GCGUCCCAUCGCGGGUGCGGCUCUAGCGCCCUCUGCGCCCCCAGCGCGCACGCUCCUCCCGCAGCCGCGCCGACUUCCGUCCGUUUGUUCGCCCCCAGAUAUUUAUGGGGUGCCAGCCACUCGUCGGUGCUUCGCUGGCCAUGGAGGGGAGGCACGAGGAGAGGCAAAGGCGGCGCCCACACCCCUGGCCUGCGCUGUAGGUAAGAAGUGGACGAAACAGUUCCUCCCCCUCCGGGGACCUUAAGUUCUAGUCGGGGAGACACGCAAAAGACGCCAUAAUCCCCCAACGAAAUGCGCUUAGGAGCUUCGGGAAGAUCCAGAGUGUGGUUGACACCAGGCCGCCGCAAGACCUACUCGACUCGGGCAACCCCAGGUCCCGCCCAGCGCGAGUUGCUACGAACUCGCCUCCGCGGCGGCGAGGGACUGUACCGGCUGGCCGAGUCUCGCGAGGAUCUUCGAGGUUUCGCGCGGGACCGCCCAUCGGUUGCCGGGAGACGCUGCGGCCUCCGUCGGGCGGGCGCGUCUGUCUGCAGGUGGCGGCGGGAAUCCACCACCAGAGCCAUGGCGCCCAAGAAGAAAGGGAAGAAAGGGAAAACCAAAGCUACCCCGAUUGUUGACGGGCUUGCUCCGGAGGACAUGAGCAAGGAGCAGGUGGAGGAGCAUGUCAGCCGUGUCCGCGAGGAGCUGGACCGUGAGCGUGAGGAGCGCAACUACUUCCAGUUGGAGCGGGACAAGAUCCAUACCUUCUGGGAGAUCACGCGGAGGCAGCUGGAGGAGAAGAAGGCCGAGCUGCGAAACAAGGACCGGGAAAUGGAGGAGGCUGAGGAGAGGCACCAGGUUGAGAUCAAGGUGUACAAGCAGAAGGUGAAGCACCUGCUGUACGAGCAUCAGAACAACCUGACAGAGAUGAAGGCUGAGGGUACCGUGGUCAUGAAGCUGGCCCAGAGGGAGCACUGCGCACAGGAGGGUGCACUGCGCAAGGACAUGCGGGCACUGAAGGUGGAGUUCAAGGAGCAGGAGCUGGCCAACGAGGUGGUGGUGAAGAACCUGCGGCUGAAGCACAGCGAGGAGGUCACCAAGAUGCGGAAUGACUUCGAGAGGCAAGUGCGAGAAAUUGAGGCCAAGUACGAUAAAAAAAUGAAGAUGCUUAGGGAUGAACUUGACCUGAGGAGAAAGACUGAGAUCCACGAGGUGGAGGAGAGAAAGAACAGCCAGAUCAACAUGCUGAUGCAGCGGCAUGAAGAAGCCUUUACGGACAUCAAGAACUACUACAACGACAUCACCCUCAAUAACCUGGCUCUCAUCAACUCCCUCAAGGAGCAGUUGGAGGACACGCGCAAGAAGGAAGGUCACCUCGAGAGGGAGAUGAUGGAGGUGUCCGCGCAGAACAAGCGCCUGACAGACCCUCUCCAGAAGGCUCGGGACGACGUGACUGAGAUGCAGAAGAAGCUCGGGAACUAUGAGAGGGACAGACAGACCCUGGUUCGCACAAAAGCACGUUUGAAGGUUGCCGAGAAAGCGCUGAAGGACCUCCAGUGGGAACACGAGGUGCUGGAGCAGCGAUUUCUCAAGGUACAGCAGGAGCGAGAUGAGCUGUACAGGAAGUUCACCGCGGCCAUCCUGGAGGUGCAGCAGAAGGUGGGCUUCAAGAACCUGGUUCUGGAGCGGAAGCUGCAGGCGCUGAGCGCUGCUGUGGAGAAGAGAGAGGUGCAGAUUAAUGAGGUGCUGGCGGCCUCCAACCUGGACCCUGCUGCCCUGACCCUUGUGUCCCGCAAGCUGGAGGAUGUUCUAGAAUCAAAGAACAACACUAUCAAGGACUUGCAGUAUGAGUUGGCCCGGGUCUGCAAGGCCCACAGUGACCUGCUGCGCACCUAUGAGGCUAAGCUCCUGGCCUUCGGAAUCCCUCUGGACAACGUGGGCUUCAAGCCUCUGGAGACGGCCGUGAUUGGGCAGACGCUGGGCCAGGGUCCCGCGGGGCUCGUGGGCACCCCAACGUAGUGCCCGCCUGGGACUGCUCCCUGGAUGACACUCCCUUUCACCAAGGACAGGAGCGGUUUGUCUUUCUAUUUGUAUCGUCUGCAAAUGAAGUUUUUCUACAUUC